UUUCAACUUUAAAAAUCAAGCGUUGGCAUCGUAAAAGCGUCAGGGUGGCCGUUUUGCCCCACUCUCCCCUACUCAUAUUGUGUACAUGUGGUAUGACGGCAGAUAUAUUAGACAAAUUAAAAUCGUAUUUUGAUUUUUUCGUAGUUCAGGUAUACAUAUGUCCGAGUCAUCGGUUUACUCGUAGAUCAUAGAGCGGCUAUUUAAUGCAGUUGCUUCCGUACCAGCAAUUACGCAGCAAGUUUUUACUUCCACCCACCAAAGCGAAAGGUACUGGGGUGGGUAAAUGCAUCGUAAUCCACAUUGAUUCCUAUCUGCAUAACCGAAACUGACAGCUGAUCAUCCCGGUGAAUGGUGGAAUUCAGCCUCGCCCCUGCAUGUUCACCGGUCACUUCACCCCAAAGUUGGACAACGCUCGUUAAAAACAGCCGCGAGCUGGUGACGGCACGGGUGCUGCUGCCGUUGACCAAUUCGCUCCUGGGACUGACCAGCUCGUCGCGAAACGCUCGGCGAAAGGGCGGCGCGCGCGGCAGUCCGGGAGUAAGUGAGCGGGCUAUAUAGACGGGCGGCACACGCGAUGGGCGGUAGUUGGCGAGCGACCACCUCCAGGGACAACAUCGCCAACAUGAUGCUGAGGAGCACGCUGCUGCUGUGCCUGGCCGUGCUGUCCGGCUCGAAGGAGCUACAGAAGCGGCAGGUGGGCGGGUACGGCGCUCCCCCCGCCGCCGACCCCGGCCCCAAGUGUCGGACGAAGACCGUGUUCGUGCUCACCUGGACCAAGACGAUGAUCCCUGUGACAGUGUACGACACGCAGACGCGCCAGCUGCCCACCACGCUGUACCGCUACGUGACGGCGACCGAGACGGUGCCGGUGACAGCCAUCAAGCUGGUCACCACCAGCCAGGCGGCGCGGCCCGGAUACCAGGAGGACACGCGCAUCUCGUACCGCACGCGCACUGUCAGGGUGCCCCAGGUGGAGGCCAUCACCUCCACGCUGGUGCUCACUGAGGACGAGCACCUGACGGUGACGGAGACGGACCACGUGACGCAGACCCAGCUGCGCCAGUACCCCGUCCAGGUCACCUCCACCAGCGUGGUCAACGUGCCGCAGGUGGUGACCUCGGUGGCCACCGAGUUCCAGACCCAGGUCCAGACCCAGUUCACCACUCAGUCCUACAACGUGGUGGCCACCAAGACGGUGAACGUGCCACAGGUGCAGUACAUCACCCAGACGGUCACCCAGCAGCAGUACCAGACGGUGGCUGUGACGAAAACGCAGCAGACCUACCACACCGUCAGCAAGUGCCAGCAGCAGGGCUAUCAGCAGCCACAGCAGCCGCAGCAGAGCUACCAGCAGCCACAGCCCCAGCAGGGUUACCAGCAGCCACAGCAGCCGCAGCAGAGCUACCAGCAACCUCAGCAGCCGCAGCAGAGCUACCAGCAGCCCCAGCAGGGCUAUCAGCAGCAGCAGCCGCAGCAGCAGCAGGGUUAUCAGCAGGGCUAACUUGUCCACUCCGCAGUCUCUGACCGCAUGCGGACGUAGAUCCCGACUCUCUGAUGCCACUGCUGGCACGCUGACGUAACCCCACCGUCGUGUCAUAGAACUGAAUUAGUGGUAGGCUUGGGGUAAAGUCUAGCGGAAAGCUCUUGUGAAAUCUAAGUCAUUAGGUUAAGGCGCGCGAAUUCCCAUGCUGUGAUACUGUGCGAUAUUUUUGUUACCAGAGGAGGACCUGAAGUGGUGCCGCUGGUCGGACCAGUCAGCCGCCCGUGACCUCGUGACUUUGGCCGUGACCGUGUCAUUUGUGUGGGUGUGGGGUCGCAAUAUUGCCGCGGGUAGUGUGUUCCAAGAUAAGAUAGGUAUUGAUGUGUCGUUUGUGACCUUUAUAAGCAGCAACGACUCAUGAAUAGAAAUAAACACGAACAAAGUUAUGAA